AUGGAUUAUACAUACGGACAAUCGAAUGAUUAUCCACUUCGAAUCCUUGUACCAAGCGAUUCUGUUGGAGCUAUUAUUGGUAAACAAGGUUCAACAGUUAAACAAAUAAAACAAGCAGCACAUGCAAAAAUUGAUGUUAAUAAAAAUGAAUCAUCAAAUAGUCAAGAACGUAUGAUUAUUAUUCGUGGUCAACAAGAAAAUUGUAUACAAGCAUGUCGUGAAAUACUACGAAUUAUGUACGAAGAUGCAAAAAAUAAAAAUAAACCAAAUGAAAUUAUAUUAAAAGUACUUGCACAUAAUAAUUUUAUUGGUCGAAUUAUUGGUAAAGGUGGUAAUAUAAUAAAUACAAUAAAAAAAGAAACUGAUACAAAUAUUACUGUUUCAAGUAUCAAUGAAUUAAACUCAUAUAAUAUUGAACGUAUUAUAUCAAUUAAAGGUGAAUUUGACCAACAAAUACGUGCACUUGAAACAAUCUAUAGUAAAUUAUGUUUGGCAUAUGAGAAUGAAAACACUCGAGCGUGGAAUUACUCAUCACAAUAUUAUCAACAACAACAAUUUAUGCAAAAUUUUGCACAACAUGCAGCUAUGAUAGCUACUGUUGGUGCUAAUGGUCCACCAUUAUUACCUAUGCAUUAUUCUCAACAACAACAACAAUCGAUGAUUCAUCAAACACAGACAAAUAAUAGUAAUAAUUCUUCAAAUAAAUAUGUCGAACAACAACCAAAUCUAAAUACAAUUUAUCAUUCAUCGUAUUACGUAAGUUUGAUAAAUAUGUGA